UGUUCAUCAUCAUCCCUAGUUGUACGGGUAAUUAAUUAUAAUGAUAUAUACAACGUUUCUUCUUAUCAUUAUUAUUCUUAUAACUUCCUACACAAAUGGGGUUCCUAAUUCCAAUUUUACUGCUAUUCCCCAUAAUGAAGACAGUAUUACUGUUAUGUUUUCUCAAGUACUUGAUCGUCAAUCUAGUACUUAUUAUCAGUAGUAAUAAUAAGAAGCCUACUGCUGCUACUACUCUUCCUCCAGGUCCCUCCCCAUGGCCGAUCCUCGGAAAUAUUCCGGAAAUGUUGCGGAACAGACCGGCGUACCAGUGGAUCCACAGUCUCAUGAAGGAGAUGAACACAGACAUUGCCUCUAUCCGCCUCGGCACGGCCACUCAUCUCAUCAUUGUCACCUCUCCAGAGAUAGCCAGAGAGUUCUUGAAGAAACACGACGCAGUGUUCGCUUCCAGACCCCACACGGCGGCCAGUUCUCUAUUAAGCCGCGGUUACAAGACCACUAUCCUCACUCCCAUCGGCAGCCAGUGGAAGAAGAUGAGGAGAGUUCUGGUGUCCGAGCUCUUCAACCGCUCUAAGCUCGCUUGGCUUCUCCAGCAGAGAACCGAGGAAGCUGAUGAUCUGGUUCGGUUCGUUUAUAACCAGGUCUUGGCUAGCAGUGGCGGUGGAGAUGGAGGAGUGGUGGAUGUGAGAGUUGCCGCGAAGCAGUACGCGGCUGGGGUAAUGAGGAGAAUAGUGUUCGGUAGAAGAUAUUUUGGGAAGGGAAGAGAGGAUGGUGGGCCUGGGAAGGAAGAGGAAGAGCAAGUGGAGGCUGUGCUUACUGUGCUGUCACACCUUUAUGCCUACUCUGUGUCGGACAUUCUGCCAUGGCUGCGGUGGUUUGACUUGGAUGGUAAUCAGAGGACAGUUCGUGAAGCCAUAAAAGUGAUCAACAAGCACCAAGACUCGUUAAUCAGCGAGAGAAUUCGAGAGUGGAGAGAGGACGAUAAGGCCAAGAAGCAACCUUCAGAUCUGCUUGAUGUUCUCAUCUUGCUCAAAGAUUCUGACGGGAAUCCGCUUUUGUCCUACGAUGAAAUCCGAGCACAAGUCACGGAAUUGUUUGUAGCAGGAAUAGACAAUCCAUACAAUGCAGCAGAGUGGGCACUCUCGGAGAUGUUGAACCAGCCAGAGAUGCUUGAAAAGGCAACUGAAGAAAUCGACAGAGUGGUUGGCAAUGGCAAACUCCUCCAAGAGCGUGACAUCCCCCAACUCCCUUACCUUGUGGCCUGCCUAAGAGAAGCUCUCCGCCUCCACCCGGUCACCGCCUUCAACGUCCCUCAUCUCUCCACCGCCGACUGCACAGUCGCUGGCUACUUCAUUCCCAAGGGAAGUCACGUCCUCCUCAGCCGCCACGGCCUCGGCCGCAACCCGGCUGUAUGGGAUCAGCCCUUGCGCUUCAAUCCGGACUGCCAUCUUCCGGAUAAGAAGUGUGACUUGGGGGAGACUGAGCUGCGGUUCGUGAGCUUCACGACAGGGAGGAGAGGGUGCAUCGCAAUGGAGCUGGGGACGAACAUGACUGUUAUGCUUUUGGGAAGACUGUUGCAGUGUUUCACAUGGAAGAUUCCACAAGGAAUGGAGAAGAUAGAUUUGAGGAGUGGAGAGGGCAACUCUCAGUUUAAGGCUACGCCAUUGUAUGCCCACGCAAAGCCUCGCUUGAAUCACUCUCUCUAUUUGAAUUUGAAUUUAUAUUAA